AUGGUGUCUAUAUCUGCGCCCUUCAAUGUCCAACAUAACCCCAAGGUAAAGGACGUAGCUGUUCUCAUGUGGAAUAAUAAGAGCAACAAAAACGAACAGGAGUCAAGGUCCUUAAGAAACACAUAUUCUCAAAACUCGUCUACGCAAUCCGUGUCCACUGCUCAUAAUAGUGGGUCUGGGUUUAGAAAAAAUGCAAUCGUGGUGUGCACGAUAGAAUUCACAGCUGAGUAUCAUAAUGAGCUCUCGUGCUCUCCUGGUGAAGUCUUCAAACUGAUAGAUCCAAAAGUUGUUAAUGGUUGGGUUUUAGUACAAUCUCUAAGCAAUGGUGCAAAGGGUUGGGCACCUAAUUCGAGUAUGAAGCUUCUAGACUUGUUCAAAAACAAAAAUGAAAACACAUCCAAACCUUCCCUGGGUUCUCAGCCAAGCUCUGUUGAAACUUCCCCUUGUGCUACAUCACCGAAAAAGGACACAAGACUGUUGUCUUUAAGAAGCUCAGCCGCUUCUUCUUCAACAUCUUCGAGUAAUUCAUUUAUUGACUAUUAUGCAUCCCCAAGAGAUAGUUUACCCUACAGUUCGGUUUAUGUCCAUUCGAUGUAUCUAAGAGAGGGGAAUCGAUACAUGUUUUGGUACAGAGUUGACCUACAAUCGAAAAACAUACCUAACCAAAUCAUUCAUUUGGCUAGAUAUUAUAAUGAAUUUGCCAGUCUCCAUAAAGCUUUGAAUAAGCACAUCAAAUCGCUGAACCUCGACGUGAUUUUGCCCAAACUACCUCCUUCAGUUGACUUGUUGGAUUCGUCUGAAGAAUUGGAUUCCCUAUCAAGAAAUUUAUCAAACUUGAAUAGAUACUUGAACGUUGUCUUUGCUAUUGUCAACCAACAGCCUACAAAUUCACCUCUGCUUCAAACUCUUGUAACGUUCUUGUCGCCUAUUGACAAGGAUUUUCAACAUUAUGUCAGCCUAACUGAUGACGAAAUAAUGAAAAUCUUAACUCCUCAAUCUUCCAAUAAUCCAGAGGAGAUCCCGUUGGAUAUCAGCUUGCCAAACACCACUGAUAAUAAUGGUGAGUUAUUUGCUAAGCCUUCAUCAAUAGGUGUGCAUCGUAGUGCAUCCGUCAGUUCAACGUCAAGCCACUCUUCGAAAAUUUCCAACAUUUUGGACAUAAACAAAUCUAACGAUUUCAUAAAGAUAAAAAUAAUAUACAGAGAUGAGUUUAGUAUUAUCAAACUAGACAUGAAAACGAUCAACUUUUUGACUUUAUCUAAGGCAGUUGCUCGAAAGGUCAACAGAUUGAACGGGCUGACUCUAGCUUACAAGAAUUCAAAUUCUGUUUUCAUUUUACUGAGAGAUGAUGAGGGUCUCGAACGUGCCUUAAAGGAUAACAAUUCGAAAUUGAUUAUCAAGGUUAUCUGA